CCUCGCUGAAGCGCCGCGAGUCACCUGACUCGGCUGCGGGCUGAGAGACACACAAGGGAAGUGAUCGUCGCGAGAGCCAGAUCGUCUGACCUGGGACCCUCGCGCGCCAUGCCGUCCGAGAAGACCUUCAAGCAGCGCCGGAGCUUUGAACAAAGAGUGGAAGAUGUCCGGCUCAUCCGGGAGCAGCACCCCACCAAGAUCCCAGUGAUUAUAGAGCGAUACAAGGGUGAGAAGCAGCUGCCCGUCCUGGACAAGACCAAGUUCCUUGUACCUGAUCACGUGAACAUGAGCGAGCUCAUCAAGAUAAUUAGACGACGCUUGCAGCUCAAUGCUAACCAAGCCUUCUUCCUCCUGGUGAAUGGGCACAGCAUGGUGAGUGUGUCCACACCCAUCUCUGAAGUGUACGAGAGUGAGAGAGAUGAAGACGGCUUCCUGUACAUGGUUUAUGCCUCCCAGGAGACGUUCGGAACAGCACUGGCUGUGUAAGGCUACAACAAUGCCUAAUGGUUGUUAAACCCUUACCAAGGCAAAAAGGGACGUUACCAGCUGACGCUGGUCAGCUCACCACCCACAGGUCAGAACAUAGGCACCCACAUAGGGUAUUAGGAACUGUUUAUCAGUCAGAAACUGAGCUCCAUGCAAAUGCAUUCAGCUUGGAAACUCAUCUAAACUAGGCUAUCUUGUGUUCAAACUUUAGAAGUUUAAAAAUAAAGUACUUUGCAUCCUAAGUUGCCAAUAAAAAGACCAAGUUAUUUUGACAUUUUUCUCCCUAGUAGGGACUUAAAAUAGAAGAACAGUGUCAGGGGCAGUCUCUUCCAGGGACCUGCUGCCUUCUCUAAAAGGGCUUCCACUCAGGAGAGAAGUCCCUCUAAACAGUCCCUCGGCCCAGGUUGCCUAGCAGAGGUCCCCAGAGGGCUCUGGCUUUGCCCAAAACAGUUCAGGUGUGUAGGAUAUAGUUCUAAGCCGGGUCCAGGUCCUGGUCCUGACUCCCAGCCACACCAUUUCACCCUCGGCAGUGCAGGGACGCUCACUCGCUGCUGUCUAGAUGUUAGCACAGGCACCACUGCUCAGAGGCCAGUUCUAACCUUGUCCAGGGGAUGCUUGGUCCAGCUUCUUAAGAGACUGCAAAGUGUUUUUCUCCUGGUUUGGAUUUUGUUUGGUCCUUGCCUGCUUCAGGGAGAGAGCAAGCAGGUGUGCAAUGCUGGCCUUAGGAUACAGUUGUCAAAUGGUAGACUGGAAGUACAAAUGCACUCACUCUGGACUUGGCUCACAGCUAUUUGUUAGUGUGUAACUGUCUCUGGAAGGGCGAGUCUGACAGCUGUUGGGAUUUCCCCAUUUCAUGUCAGUAUAUACAUGUCAGCUGUGAAGACAACAGCAACAGGAGACAUGCUCUUGACAGACAUGGCCACUUCCAACUAAAGCAAGCCUCUGCUUCCUGCUACCUGCAUGUGGCCCACUGUGACACUCAGACCAUCCCUGGUCAGUCACUCAUGGUCUGAGAAUCUCGGUGAGAGCUGCCUGCUGUCAUGGAUGGAAGCCAACAUAGCCACCUCCCAGCCUAGCUCCCCACAAACACCCCACCCUCCCUGCAUGCAGCCGUCUUUGCUAACCCUCAAUGUUAUUUUACACUGUAAAUUCUCACUGCUCGUCUUGUGUAGGUUGUGUACUGUAGGUCAUGUCCCUGGUUUUUAUAACUAUGGUGCGAUCAGUAAGGAUUCCUGUAAUACUGCUUUAAAAAUGCUGCUCAGGGGCGGCCUCCAUUAUAGGACACCUGUACACUCUGAUGCACUAAUAAAGGCACAACUGAACCUG